AUGUGGCAGGGUAGUGAAGAUGCCAUUGAGGGACUUCCGUAUAUUAAAGGAAGUAUGUACAUUCAAGUCCUGGCACGACUAUUGAUUUCAAGUUCUCAGAAGUACAACCAGGGAGGUGAAGGUGAAAGUGUACAGAUGAGCCAUUAUAGGCAGAUGGUGUCAGGAAAAUUUCCCUUGCUACAGAGCAAAUGGAUAGAUGCUAGAGACUCAGGAAUAGGGAAAGCCUUCAGGGUGAAGAAUUUAAGUGGAAGCAUGGUGAUUUGUAUGGGGACAUCUGGAGAAGAUUCACAAAUUGUAGAUAUUAAUACUGUGAAGUUCAACUUUGUGGGGAAACUUUUGGGUCCACGUGGCAAUUCUCUGAAACGUUUACAAGAGGAAACUUUGACAAAAAUGUCCAUCCUUGGAAAAGGUUCCAUGAGAGAUAAAACAAAGGAAGAAGAGUUGAGAAAAAGUGGAGAAGCAAAGUACUUCCAUCUCAAUGAUGACCUCCAUGUGCUCAUUGAAGUGUUUGCGCCACCAGCAGAAGCUUAUGCACGGAUGGGACAUGCUUUGGAAGAAAUAAAGAAGUUCCUCAUUCCUGACUAUAAUGACGAGAUCCGGCAGGCACAGCUCCAGGAGCUGACGUACUUGAAUGGUGGCUCUGAAAAUGCAGAUGUUCCAGUGGUUCGAGGGAAGCCCACCCUGCGUACACGAGGUGUUCCGACCCCUACAGUCACCAGGGGAAGGGGAGGAGUCACAGCCCGACCAGUUGGAGUUGGUGUCCCACGAGGAACGCCAACUGCCAGGGGAGUCCUGUCCACCCGGGGGCCAGUAAGUCGAGGAAGAGGUCUUCUCACUCCCCGAGCAAGAGGCGUUCCCCCGAGUGGGUACAGGCCGCCGCCACCGCCGCCCACCCAGGAGGCCUACACAGAGUAUGACUAUGAUGAUGGAUAUGGCACUGCCUAUGAUGGACAGAGUUACGAUUCCUAUGAUAACAGCUAUAGCACCCCCGCCCAAAGUGGUGCUGGUUACUAUGAUUACGGACAUGGGCUCAGUGAGGAGACCUACGAUUCCUACGGGCAAGACGAGUGGACUAACUCAAGGCACAAGGCACCUUCGGCGAGGACGACGAAGGGCGUCUACAGAGACCAGCCCUACGGCAGAUACUGAUUGUAGUGUCUGAUGUUGUGAAAUAGCCAGUCUCCACCAGUCCUGUAUACUGUUCAAAGUAAUUUUUUCUAUGAACAAUCCCUUUUUAAAUAAAAUGCUUAAAAAUCUGAAUGGAUGGAAUUUAAAACUACUUUGUUGAAAUACCAACCUGGGCAGAAAAAAAAAAGACAUGUAAAAAUUUGUUAUUUCCACUCUGUAUAUGAAAAAAUAGGUCAUCAAAAGGCAAAAAAAAUAACUUUGAUUAAUUAGUGUUAAACAAAAAAUAGGUUUACUAAAUAUGUUAAUCCAUUCUUUUAAUAUAAGCCUCACCUUUUAUUUUAAGGGUUUCCAUAGAAUUUAGUUAUUUUAUCUUUCAGCAAUAUGCUAGUUUUUUUUCUCUUGCCAACAUGCGUAGAAAGGGAAACCAAUUACAAGUGCAAAUAAUGUUGUAUUCUUUUGUAACUCAAGUCUUGAAAUGUUCUGUAGUGUUGAGCAAAGUUCUUUCUUGCUUGAUACUAAAUAAACUUUUGAAA